AACAAGCUAAACGGAAACUGUCGUAAUUUCCGACUGGGUGAAUAGACUAAGCUUCCCGGCUUAUCCAAGAUGGCAGCAGCGAUGGAUGUUGACACACCAAGCGGUACUAACAGUGGAGCUAGCAAGAAGCGCUUCGAAGUCAAAAAGUGGAAUGCUGUUGCGCUGUGGGCCUGGGACAUAGUGGUGGAUAAUUGUGCCAUCUGUAGGAACCACAUCAUGGAUCUCUGUAUAGAGUGUCAGGCCAACCAGGCGUCUGCGACGUCGGAAGAGUGUACCGUAGCCUGGGGUGUCUGCAAUCAUGCCUUUCAUUUUCACUGUAUUUCACGCUGGCUGAAAACCAGACAGGUGUGUCCUCUGGACAACAGAGAGUGGGAGUUCCAGAAAUAUGGACACUAGCCAUCGUACUGUUGACCCGGUUCCCCGCAAGCGUCGGCCUCCCUGCCUUUAUAUCCCUCCCUGCUUAUCAGACUAGAUGUUGUUUCCCACAGAUUUGUUUUGGAUUGUUUUGCGAGCUCCUAAAUAAAGAGCAAUGUUAUCACAAA